AUGGAUACCUCGCCAUCUUCCUCGUCGUCGUCGUCGUCCUCCUCCUCGAGCUCGACUUCAAGUUCAAUCCCAAACCUGAUUGCAAUUCCCUUGGUGAAUCAACCCCCGAAUAAAACCUUCACAGUUUUCCCACAACUCCCUACGGAAAUCCGCUCUGCAAUAUGGAAGUGGACGUUGCUACCUCGCGUAGUCGAGAUGCGUUACCACGGCAUCAGCUCUGGCCAGGGGUUUUCAUCUCUGGCAGAACCACCAGUUGCGUUGAGAGUUUGCAAGGAAUCUCGGGAACUAAUCAUCGAUUUAUACCCCCUCUGUUUUGGCUCUAUUUACCAUCCUGCCCACACUCGGUUCAACCUUUCUAUGGACAUCUUGGUUCUCGGCUCGGAUUUCGAGGACUUUAUACCACACUUCUUGGGUAUCAUGAACGAGCGGGAAUUGUCUAAGCUGCGGUACCUAGCCAUUGAAUCAGACAUUUUAACGAUUUUCCCAUUCCGCGACAUGAAAACACCAUUGAAGCGAGCUUUGGGCAAUUUUUCGGGCUUGAAAGAGCUACUUAUUGUUCAAGAUAUAGCUGAAAUGAAACCACUGAUUCAUUCGGAUGACGAUUCGUUCAUGACUCUCUACGAAGACCUCCCCACAGAGAUCGAGAGCUGCAAGGAGCUCCAUACGGGUACGGAGGCAAUUAACUGGCUCCCAACCCAAGAGCUACUAGAUGAAAUGGAGGUUCUCGAUUCCGACUCUGAAGAAGACGAGGAUGGUGAUGAAGACGAGGACGACUACUGGGAGGACGAUGAUUAUGACGAAGAUGAUAUAAUGGCCGCCGCUGCCGAUCAAUCUUUGUUUCCGCCAGGAUUUUCUUGGACGAGCGGAUAUUGA